GUUGUUUUACGACAAUCCGCCGCUACAGGCGAUUUCGAUGGAUUUUCCUGUUGUAGAUAAAGUAGUCAACACAGAUAACUGCUAUUACUAUCUCUCCUUAUUGGAGAGGUUUGUCAGUGUUAUUGAAUCUAUGGAUAAAGAAGAGUUAUUGCAGUACCUGGUACGUGCAGAAUCAAGAUAUUUCAGAUGGAUCUUUUGUCCAUUGUUCAUCUCAACGAAACGUGAAGUACCACCUUUAGAUGUUGCUUUUUUUUGGCAAACUCAUAUGUUGAGUCCACUUCGAUACCAUGAAGAUAUGAUUAAACACUUUGGUGGUAACAAUGAGGACUGUCCUAUUCCAUUAAAAGACAUUCAUGAAAGUAGAUAUGAGCCUACGCCAAAGGCCUUGCACCAAUGGAUAAAAGUGAUGGGCAAGUCCGAACCUUACAUUUUCGAAGGAAGCAGAACGGAAUCAUACCAUACAAACACUAGUAUUUCAUGCAUUGUUUGUGGUAGUCCAGCAAAGACCUCAUGGAAAAGCUAUACUGAAUGGAGAACGAAUCCAGAUGUUGCUAUACGGUGUUACUGUUGCGAUGCUGAAUAUACCAUCAAGCAUUGUGGCAAAGCUAAUUUAUUUCGAGACGUCAGCUACGAUUUCAAAAUUUCUGGGCUUUCAUUUGAUAAAAAAGGGCAAUUUAACCCAAAAAAGAAUAUCAAAAUAGAAAAUUAUCUAUUGAGUAGCCAUAAUUUAGCCAAAUUACCCUUUGAUUCUGGAGGAAACCAAAUCAGAAACUUUAUGGCUACUAACCAAGAGCGCUUCAAUCCAAACGGAAAUAACACAAAAAAGAAUCAGGAACAAAAUGAAUUAAUGGGAGCUAUAAUGACAACGUAUUUUUGCACUCCUUAUCGUGGAUCCAUCGAUAUGUUAAUGGCGGUAACACGCCAGCUGAAAUUUGCGAUAAGGGUCACUUCUCAGAUUGAUUGGCAAUUACCCAAUGGUAUUAUUUAUGGAAUCAGAGGUUAUUUUCAGUUUAUCCGUAUUUUAAAGUUUUCGCCUGGUUUGGUGGGUGUACCUGACGUUGGUAUCGACCUUGCUUGGCAUACACAUAUGCUAUAUCCAGCUCGUUACCGAGAUUUUACAACCAGUCAUCUCAAAACAAUUUUAAACCAUGAUGAUUGCAUACCACCUGAAGAACUACCCUCGUUUGAAGAAAAGUUUAAUAUGGCAAAGCGUUAUUUUCUGAAAGAGGAGUCGGAAAACAAGGAUACUAAGAGUAAAGGCUCUAUUUUUAAAUGGGCAUUUACUAGUUCUUCAACUACAGCAAAAAAAGACUAUUUAGCUUUUGGCUAUCAAUCCAGAGAUGGAAAUUUUAUCAUUGAUGAUGAUAUGAUAGACCCGAACUUGUAAGUAAAAGCACCUCCCAGCAUUUAAAAACUCAAUUUGUUUUUUAGGACUAGCGUGAGUUAUCAUGACAGAAGAGCAGUGUCAGAAUUUGUUCAUUUCAACAAUUCAGAGGCAGAUCAAGAGACCUUGUUCAAAUCAGUACAACAUACAAAAUUGGGUUUUAUAGGAACAAGCACUAGUGGAGG